AUGUGUAUUGUUGCAUUUUGUCUCCUUGGCCCAGUAACAGGUAAAGAAAUUUGCUACGACAGGCUUGGCUGUUUUACAGACGACCCACCCUGGGCUGGGAUACCAGGGAGACUCCUGACAGGUCUGCCUGACUCUCCAGAACACAUGAACAUCAGCUUUUCUCUCUACACAAGAGAAACGGGAAAUAACUCACAGGUGAUCUCAGCAAUAAACUCCUCAACCAUCCAAAACUCACAUUUUUCCUCACGCAGGAAAACUUCUUUCAUCAUUCAUGGAUUUGGCAGCACUGGAAAAAAAGGCUGGGUUGUAGAAAUGUGCUUGCUGCUGCUGGAAGUGGAAAACAGGAACUGCAUUGCUGUUGACUGGAAAGACGGCGCAAAAGGCACCUACGCCAGCGCAGUGAAUAACCUCCGUGUGGUUGGGGCUGAGAUUGCUUAUUUCAUAAAAACCCUACAGGAAAUCUUCAAGUAUUCCCCUUCUGAAAUCCAUCUAAUUGGCCACAGUCUUGGUGCACAUACUGCAGGAGAAGCGGGAAGGAGAACCCAAGGCAUUGGACGAAUAACAGGUUUGGACCCUGCUGGGCCUUAUUUUGAAGGUACUCCUCCCGAGGUGAGACUGGACCCCACAGACGCGAACUUUGUCGAUAUUAUUCACAGUAAUGCUGCCGAAUUUCCUGCCAUGGGGUAUGGAAUGUAUAACACCACGGGACACCUUGACUUCUACCCGAACGGAGGAAAUGCAAUGCAUGGAUGCAAUGAUUUCAUUGCACGGAUGCAACAAGAAGAGUUUGAGCUUCUCAUCGCAGAUGCUACCUUCAACAGGGGGUGCCAUCACUCACGUAGCCAUGAGUUUUAUUUUGAAAGCAUCCUCUAUCCCACCGGCUUCAUUGGAUAUCCCUGUGAGACAUACAAGUCCUUUGAGUCGGGAGGCUGUUUCCCAUGUCCCCAGGAAGGAUGUCCAAUGAUGGGACACUACGCUGACAGAUUUCCAGCUAAACUGAAGAGAAUUAACCAAAAGUAUUUUUUAAAUACAGCAGCCGACCCACCUUUUACUAGCUGGAGACAAAGAGCAUUUAUCAAACUGUCUGGUGUAAAGAAAACAAGGGGGGACAUAAACCUAGUUUUCCAUGACAAAGAGGGAAACACAAAAGAAUAUCAAAUUACCAGUGGAGUCCUUUCUCAAGAUGAAAUUUACACAAAAUACCUUGAUGUUGAAAUUAACCCUAAACUUGUUAAAAAAGUUGAAUUUCUCUGGAUUAAAACUCCACUCACCCUGCUUUGGGCAAGACUGGGGGCAGAUACAGUCAAUAUAACUCAUGGAGAAGAUGGACAUAGAUCAACAUUUUGUGGCCAUGGAACUGUGACAUAUGGAGUUCCCCAGUUACUUACACCUUGCUAG